CUGGAUUUUUCAGCGCCAAACCUUUAGGGCUAGGGUUUACAUAUAGGAUUUAGCGGUUGGUAAAAACGAGUGUUUCUUGCGGCGAAGGAGAAAGUAGAAACAGAACCCUUCUCCGUCUCCCAUUCUUGUUCACCUCUCUUUCACCAUGGCUGCACGCGCGGCCAAGCGACUCAAACUUGCUACCCAGCUGUGCGAUGGGAGAGGGGAAGAUGAUUAUUUACCUGGCAACAUAACGGAGAUCGUGAUUCACAACUUCAUGACCUAUGAUCACCUUGUAUGCAAGCCUGGAUCCCGCCUCAACCUUGUAAUAGGCCCUAACGGAUCAGGGAAGAGCUCUCUUGUGUGCGCUGUUGCUUUGGGUCUUGCUGGAGAGCCUCAGCUCCUUGGAAGGGCUACGAGCAUUGGGGCUUUUGUGAAGCGGGGUGAAGAAUCCGGUUAUAUAAAGAUCGCUUUGAGGGGCUUCUCUCAGGAGGAAAAUAUUACAAUUAUGAGGAAGAUUGAUAUUAACAACAAGUCUGAGUGGGCUCUCAAUGGUGCUGCAGUGCCCAAAAAAAAUGUUAUUGAGGUUAUUCAAAAGUUCAAUAUUCAAGUCAAUAAUUUAACUCAAUUCUUACCUCAAGAUCGAGUAUGCGAGUUUGCUAAGUUAACUCCUGUACAACUUCUACAAGAAACUGAGAAGGCUGUUGGUGACCCUCAAUUACCAGUGCAACAUCAGGGACUUAUUGAGAAAAGGAGAGAAUUGAAGGAUCUUGAAGUGAGUGUUGCCAGAAAUAAGGACACGUUGAAUCAGCUCAAAGCUCUGAAUGCGCAGCAAGAAAAGGACGUGGAGCGUGUCCGUCAAAGAGAGAAAAUUUUGUCCGAGGUUGAAACCCUCAAAAAGAAACUGCCUUGGCUUAAAUAUGAUAUGAAAAAGAUGGUGUACAAGAAUGCACAGAAUCAAGAGGCAGAAGCAAAGAGAAAGCUGGACGAAGCUGCUAAAAUGAUGAAUGAACUUAAGAAACCCAUUGAGAAACGUAAGAUGGAAAAAGCAGCUCAAGAAUCAGCUGUUAAGAAAAUUAACGAGCAAAUAACCAGGAAUUCAAAGAAAAGGAUGGAUUCAGUAGAGAUGGAGAGCAGAAUGGGGGCCCAAGUACGAGCCAAAUAUGAAGAAGUAGAUGAUUUAAGAAGGCAGGAGACAUCCCGUCAGCAUAGGAUAUUAAAAGCCAAGGAAGAUUUUGCUGCCGCUGAAAAGCAACUUGCUGACCUUCCAGCAUACAAUCUUCCUAAAGAAGAGCUAGAAAAUCUAGGUUGUCAAAUAUUGGAGCUAGAAAUGAAUGCGAAUCAAAUUAAAUUGCAGCGGACAGAGAAGGGAAACUUUCUCAAUCAGAAGAAAAUGUCCUUGAAGAGGUGCUUGGACAGGUUGAAGGAGAUGAACAAUGAAAGCACCAAACUUCUUCAAGCAUUGAAAAAUUCUGGUGCAGAUAAAAUAUUUGAGGCUUAUGAUUGGCUGCAAGAAAACCGUCGUGAGUUGAAGAAAGAGGUGUAUGGUCCUGUUAUUUUGGAGGUUAAAGUCCCCAAUGGAGUUCAUGCUACCUAUUUGGAGAAUCAUGUACCUAAUUAUAUUUGGAAGUCUUUUGUUACGCAAGAUCCCUCUGACAGAGAUUUCUUGGUUCAUAACCUGAAAAAGUACGAUGUACCCGUUUUAAAUUAUGUUGGAGAAAGAAGCGUUAACAGAUCCCAAUUUGAAAUGACUCGGGAGAUGAUGGAGCUUGGUAUUUCUUCCCGCCUUGAUCAAAUUUUUAGCUCUCCUCAUGCUGUAAAGGAUGUCUUGAUCAGUCAAGCUGCAUUGGACCAUUCGUACAUAGGUGAUCAUGAAACUGAUAAAAGAGCUGAUGAGGUAUCAAGUUUAGGAAUAUCUGAUCUCUGGACCCCAGAAAGUCAUUAUCGUUGGUCGAUUUCCAGAUAUGGUGGUCAUGUUUCAGCUAUCAUGGAGCCAGUGCGCUCUUCUCGCCUUUUUAUGCAGAGUGUGGAUGCUGCUGAUGUGGAAAGUCUAAGGUGUCAAAAAGUUGAAAUUGAAUCUGACAUUACUAAUAUUGAGGAAAGCGUUAAAACUCUUCAAGCUGAGCAGAGACAGCUGGAGGAUGAAGCUGCUAAAUUACAUCGUCAACGGGAGGAGAUUAUUCGUAAAGUAAAUCUUGAGAAAAAGAAACGACGUGAAAUGGAAAAUUGUAUAGACCAAAGGAGAAGGAAAUUGGAGUCCCUGAGUAAAGAGGAAGAUAUAGAGUCAAAUGUAAGGAAGCUUGUUGAUCAGGCUUUCCAACUAGAUGAAAAGCGUUUUGGACUGGCUAAUGAAAUCAAGGAGUUUCUUGUUGAAGCCAUUGUUUUAAAAUUAAGCUUGGCAGAGAAACAAAUGACUUACAUUGAACUUGAUGCUAAGAUAAGGGAAAUGGAAGUUGAUGUCAAGAAACACGAGAAGUUUGCUAUUCAAGCUGCUCAACACUAUGAAAAUUGUAAGGAAGAAACUGAACAACUUAGAAAGGAUCUUCUUGCUGCGAAGCAGUUUGCAGAAUCAAUAGCCAUCAUCACUCCUGAUCUUGCGAAGAAAUUUAAUGAUAUGCCUGCUACGGUAGAGGAACUGGAAACUGCAAUUCAAGAUGGUAUUUCUGAAGCAAAUUCUAUCUUAUUUCUUAACCAAAACAUUCUUCAGGAGUAUGAAAGUCGUCAACAAAAGAUAAGUAGCAUAGCAACAAAACUAGAAGCAGAUGAAGCAGCCCUAAGGAGUUGCGUGUCUGAAAUAAAUGUUGUCCGGGAUCAGUGGCUGCCAACAUUGCAAAACCUUGUUGGGAAGAUUAAUGAGACUUUCAGUCGCAAUUUUCAAGAGAUGGCAGUUGCUGGCGAAGUUUGUUUGGAUGAACAUGAUGUCGAUUAUGACAAGUAUGGCAUACUUAUAAAAGUCAAGUUCAGGCAAACAGGGCAGCUCCAGGUUUUGAGCGCCCAUCAUCAAUCCGGAGGGGAACGCUCGGUUUCAACUAUUCUCUAUCUUGUUUCUCUGCAAGAUAUCACAAACUGUCCUUUCCGUGUCGUUGAUGAAAUCAAUCAAGGAAUGGAUCCAAUAAAUGAAAGGAAAAUGUUUCAGCAACUUGUGAGAGCUGCAAGUUUACAUAAUACACCCCAGUGCUUCUUACUGACGCCAAAAUUGCUUCCUGAUCUUGAGUACAGUGAUGCCUGCAGCAUUUUGAACAUCAUGAAUGGUCCUUGGAUCGAAAAGCCUUCUGAAGUUUGGAGCGGCGGUGAAUGCUGGAGAAAUGUGUCGGGCUUGGUAUAAUAUGUUGAUUUUGAUAACUUGCCAAGCAACCUGGGUUAGCUUGUAUGUACUCUAAAUAUUUUAUACGAUGAUCGUGGUACUUGCUUCAUGUUAUAUUAAGCCAUCAGGAAUGACCCACUUGACACAUAACACCUCAUCAUCGGACUACGGAUGCAUCCGGAGUCCAUAUGUAAUCUUUUUUUUUUCCAUAGAGCAGAGUUUUGAUCAGCUAACAAAGCCAGUCGAGACAAUUUUGAUUUUACUUGUGUUAGUUCUUGAGUUAGGUUAUUUGAAGAAAUAUUAGUACAACAAUAGUGUUUUUUUA